GUUUGGAGGGAGAGACGGAGAGCAAGUGAGUGUGUGUGUGAGAGAGGGAGGGAAAGAAAAAGCCCCCUUUUACUGUGCGAGAUCUUAAGGGGGCUUGGAGAUCUGGUCAGCUUUCAAGAACAUCUGAAUCCUCUUAGAGCUCCCCGGCCCAGCUGUGGGUGUGUGUGUGUAUGCGAGAGGGAGAGAGAAAAAGAGGUUCCUGGUGCCCCUCCAAGCGCAUUAAGGACACUCGGGCCUUUUAAUUUUAGGAAUGAAUGCUGAUACUUGUGUUUCUUAUUGUGAUCCGGCUGCCAUGGAUUCCUACUACAACGCAGCCUCCCAGGGCACAGAAGGCUCCUCGCCUUUUAGGGCAUUUCAAGCAAGUGACAAGUUCAGCCCUACUUUCCUGGCCAGCAAAGGACAAGGCUUUGGUGACAGCAGCGCUAAGUGCCGGAGCCGCUACAGCCAGCAGGAAUGUCAGUCCCUGGAUGGCAGCGUGCAGGCUCCCAGCUCCGCCGGGGCUCCGGCCUCCUUUAACAAAUACCCUCCGCAGCAGCAGCACCUCUACAUGCAGCGAGGCCCCUGCAAGACCCCCCCGGAGAGCAACCUCAAGCUGCAGGAGAGCAGCGGCCACAACGGAGCUCUGCAGGUCCCCUGCUACGGUAAAGAGAGCGGCUUGGGAGAGGCCGACUUGCAGCCGAGCGCCGACCCUUCGGGCAUGGACAGCAGCUACCUCAGCGUGAAGGAGGCCGGGGUGAAAGUCUCCCAGGACAGGGCCAGCACAGAUCUCCCCAGCCCCAUGGACAAGGCGGACUCAGAGAGCAACAAGGGCAAAAAGCGGAGGAACCGCACCACCUUCACCAGCUACCAGCUGGAGGAGCUGGAGAAGGUCUUCCAGAAGACCCACUACCCGGACGUCUAUGCCAGGGAGCAGCUAGCCAUGAGGACAGACCUCACCGAGGCUCGAGUGCAGGUGUGGUUCCAGAACCGGCGAGCGAAAUGGCGCAAGCGGGAGCGGUUCGGCCAGAUGCAGCAGGUCCGGACCCACUUCUCCACCGCCUACGAGCUGCCCCUGCUCACCCGCGCUGAGAACUACGCCCAGAUCCAGAACCCCUCCUGGAUCGGCAACAAUGGUGCCGCCUCCCCCGUGCCCGCCUGCGUCGUCCCCUGCGAGCCGGUGCCCUCCUGCAUGUCCCCCCACGCUCAUCCCCACACGGCCGGCGGCGUCUCCGACUUUCUCGGCGUCUCCGGCGCCGGCGGCCACGUGGGCCAGACGCACGUGGGAGGCCUCUUUGGCACAGCCGGCAUCGGCCCUGGCCUCAACGGCUACGAGCUGAACAGCGAGCCGGACCGCAAGACCUCCAGCAUCGCUGCCCUGCGGAUGAAGGCGAAGGAGCACAGCGCCGCGAUCUCCUGGGCGACAUGACAGGGCUGCGGCCCAGCGCCUCGGGACACCGCGAGAGCCAGCGGGGACAGCCGGACAGAGCCGCCCGCCGGGACUCCAGCCCGCCCUUGCCUCCUCGGGGAUGUGAACGCAGCACUUUUAGCUACCCUAGGUGUAUAAAGGACGUGUGUUAACGUAAGUGGCGUGUUCCCAGCACGGACACGGGCAGCUCCCGGCUCUCCAGGGUCAGGCCGGGGAAAGGCGGGCACUGCUCCCGCCACCACCCGGUCUGGGGGUGUCCCCUGCCACUGCCACCUCCCCGGGAACCUGGGCGUCUUUUCUCCCCGCUCCUUUCUCUGUCACCAGAUCUGCCUUUCUGGAGAGCAAGAGCCCGCCGGCAUCCCCAGCGGCUUGCCCCAUCCCACCCCCCCACACACGCACCCCUUCCCCUCCUGAUCUGCCAGCAGCGAGGCUCAGAUCUCGUCUGCCCCGGGCAGGGGACAGGACGGGGACUCUGGCGCCAGCAAAGAGACACUUCUCAGGCUGCUCCUGUCCUCCUCGCAGGAGCCAUGACUUCCCACAGCCGAACAGGGCUGGGAGAACACCAAGGGCUAGAAAGGAGGUGACACCACCCCGCCUCCUGCCAUCCUGCUUCCUCCGCGUCCCAUCCCGCAGCCAGAGGAGAAGCAAGGAGCCAUGGAGGCACAUGAAGGGGAUGCCUCCUGCCAGCAGGCACAGUGCCACCACACCACAGGUCCUUGCUGGCUCUCUGGCCACCCAGCUGGAAAAGUGUCCAGGAGGUGACUGCUGCCUGGCACCGCCGGCGGCCCUGCAGAAGGUGACACCCCCACGGGCACCUGGGGUUUGCUCCGUGAUUGUCGUGGCCGUUGUGGUGCACGGUGGGGCAGCAAAACCUUUCCCCUGGCUUUUACUGGGUCAGGAAUCACUGCCCUCUGACAGCAACAACAGGUCUCCAGAGACCCCACUGAGGAACAGCUCAAGCGGCAGUGCACAGGGCAGUGAGGGCAUCGAAAUCCUCGUCCACCUGGUCCCAGGGCCAGCCUCGUGUGACAACCGCCCUUCCCAUCGCCCCCCACACCCAGGGCCCCAGCACCAGCCUGCGGGGAGACACCGCAGCUCGCCCGGUUUGUCCCAGACAACAUCCCUCCCACUCUCCCACCCUCGAUUUUCUCCCCGAGUGCUUCCACCAGUUAAGUAAGGUCUCCUUUGCAAGGCUAAAUUGUUCCCAAGCUGCCCAAUGGUCUCGCAGUGCCAGGAAUAAUUUGCCUCACUGAAUGUCACCCGGGCACCAGCACCCACACCGCACAGCUAUGCAUGCUGAGCUUGAGCUUAAUCAGCAAGGGAACUGUAGGGUUUUGCUCCCAUACAAAUGUGUGUCACCUUGUCCUCCCUCCCUGUGCUCUGUACUGGGGGAUCCAGUGUCCAGGGAUAUUUAGUGGUCCUGGAAAGGGCUUCAAAUAGGCUACAACCAAAUAUCAGGGUUCAGGUUAACUGCAUGCCGUAUAAAAAUAUUUCUACAGUGCCUAGGCAUUGUUGUACACCACAUAAAUGAUACAUCAACGCUAGAUCAAAUGUAACAUAUAUUUAUUGGAAUACAAAAAGACCGGUAGUACUGUUUCUUUUCUAUCUAAAAAUGCUAAGAGAUGCCUGGCUUGGUACUCAUCAGGAACCAGCAUGAAGUUAAGCAGACUACGCAUAUGACCUGGGCUUUUCCCAUCCGAAGCAAACAAGACUUAUGUCCCAGCCUAAACAUUCAGCUAAGUAAUUGGGCUAAAAAGUGUUUCAGGUGCUAAAAAUGAUGCUGAUCACAUGGGAUCGCUGCCCAAACCUCUUUUAUCCUGCAUGCACUGGCACCAUUACAAUCUAAAAAUUGCAUUGUGUACCAACUUUUUCCUUCCAUCCAUGUACACCCCAGACCUCCUUGUGUUAGAAAAGAGCCCUUUCCUGUGGUGCAGAGGGAAAGGUGUUUUCCACCGCAGUGUUCAGCCCCCGGAGAAGUGGAGCCGAGGAGGGUGCAGGACCCACAGGUACUGCUGGCUGCCCUGCUGGAGACCCAUGGCUAUCCCAGGGCUUAGCUGCACUCUCUGCUGAAGUCUAAGGGUAUUUCUUCCUCCCCGGCUUCACAGGGCCAGCAUUUCACCCGUAGCAGCCCACGGGACGGAGUGCUGCAUCCCCUGUCUCCUUGGAGAGGGCAGCCUCCUGGCAGCGCUACCAGCCUUAACAGAACCCCUGCUUUCUUACCUUAAAAACCCACGAGCAAAGCGUGCGUUGUCCUCCAUCUAUCCUGAGCACUGCCACGUGUGCCCAGCCGUGAGCCUGCCGGGGUGCACCAAGAGCGGGGAGCGCUGCUGCCCGGUGUGCCAGCACAGCCCCCCCUUGCCCACAGGUCAGUCCGGGUGGCUCGAGUGGCAAAAGCCUCGGGCAGCAGCUAUUAGAGCAGUUUUUGAGCUGCGUGCAUCUGUAUUUACACGCAUUUUUUAAUUAAUUUAAAAGUUUUUUUUAAAAAAUAUAGCUGUUAAAUUAACAAGAAAAGCUGUAUAAAUAUAUAUAUAUAUACUUUUAUAUAUAUAUAUAUAUGUAUGUAUCUUAACCUAGCCAGCCUGCGGCUACUGCAUUUCUUAAGGGUCACAGGGUCAGUGCUGUUCUUGCAAUCUCAAGCUACCACGACGAUGCCUUUUUUUAAUUAUUAUUAUUAUUUUAAUACCUUUUGACUCUAUUUAUGACUUUCUUCUCUAUUUAUUUCUUAUUUAGUCUUUUACUCCUGUCCAUACAUGGAGCCACAAUUCCCUGGCUUGGAUUUAAAUGCCUUCGAAGCUGCGAGCUUCGUCCCCAGCCACCACCAAAGCACCCCACGAGCCCCUGGCCGCCCCGUGGUGGCAUCCUCUGUGGGUGCAGUGCCUGCAGCCCGGGCCAGGCUCCUGUCUGGGUACCCUCUACAGCCUUACAGAGGUAGCAAAGCACUCUUCUGAGCGGCCCCAGCCAUGCAGCAGGCUCCCUGCGAGGGGGCUGCCUGGGGUUAGAAAUGCAAGGGACAUCCCAGGGGUUGGAGACGAGGAGCAGACAAGUGGGGAGAGCAGCGCGGGUUCCCAGCCGGGUGCUGCCAGCUGCCAAGCACCCAGAGCAGCAGUCGGUGCUUCGAUAGCUGCUGCAAGCCAGUGGUGACUUUACCAUAGCUCCCCCUUACCCCCAUGCCCAUCCCCACAAAGCCCUUUGCUUCUCCUAACACCUCCUGCUGCCCAGGCGGGCUGCUGGGUACCGCAGCGCCCCGGCUCCGAAGGCUGCUGUCACCGUGAGUCCAAGAGCAGUGGGGCAAGGCAGGGGCCAGGCCGUCCCCCCAGGGACAUUUCCCACCACCAGCACGGCCCAGUGCUGCUUUCAUCUGCACUGGGGCACAUCUGGCCCAAGGCACAGGUAUCAUGGCAAGGCCACCAGCACUUCCGACAUGGCAGAGCUGCUGCACGCAUGGUGUCCCCUGCACACGGGGAGGGGGGAGGCGAGGGGUUCCUCCAGUGGCGGGGGUGUUUUGGGGAGGGGAGUCCAGUUCCCCUGCUUCACAGAGCGCACCCAGGCUCGGCAGCGCGUUGUAAAACACUCUCCAAACAAACAAAGCCAAAAAGGUAGUUUCCUGGAAAAAAAAAAAAAAAAAAAGGGUUGAAAAAUAAUCAGGCAGAUGCAGAGACCCGUGUUUAUUUUGCUGCUCUGACUGACACAACAAAAAGCAAACAGACCAAAUUAGAAAUUAAACCCAAAUGGGAACGGGGGCCGAAUCGAGCUGGAAGUCGUCCCCAGCCCUUUUCGGCUCGGGGAAGGAUCCUGGGAGGAGGCAGGGCGCAGCCUCGCACCCUGCUAGCUCCUUGCUGGUAACGCGAUGCCCCGCUCCCCCACAUAGCUAGGUAGGUAGGUAGAGCUAGGACUUUUGUACUACUGAUUUUGAAGGACAGUUUUCAAUGUGUAAUAAUAUAUCGGUUUAGGUGUGCAGUGUUUGAAAGAGAGACUGGGAGAAAGAAAGAAAACAAACCUCAAUCAAUAUUAUUGUUUUUUUGUUGUAAAAUAUUGUAACCUUGUAUAAACGCAAACUUUUUUUUUCUUUAGCUUAAAGGCCUGGGGUAGAACAUAUUAAAAAAAUAAAAAAGUUUGAAAAAGUUCAGGAAAAAAGAAUAAAAAAAUCAUUAAAACUGUUGCCAUUGUGAGGUUUGUGCCAUGCGAUGUUAAUGCCUAUGCAGCCAUGUAUUACCAGUUAAUUACAGUGGAAUAUUAAAAAAAGAAGAAACAGUCUU